CUUCCUUUUCGGUCUCAUGAACUUCUAGAGUGGUUUAACGUGCCGUGCAACGUUCUGCUGGUCUUCUUAGACGAGUGUCCUUUCGUUUACAGUGCUGUUUCUUUUGAGGGCAGACGUGUGUGAGAGUUCGUUGGACGCUUUCGCACACUUCCAGAAGUGGUAACCGUCUUUGGCGUUCUUGCUCCCGCACACUCCUCUUCGUCCUCGAUAUCGAGACAUCCCCCAACCCACAAGCAUGCGCUCCUCGCACUUAGGCUUCUGCGCCGCCCUCUUCACCCUCACAUCCGCCGCCUCCACCUCAAAACGCGGCCUCUGCCACGUCACUGAGAACGGGCACGCCAGCGACGACGCCAUAUGGACCACGACGCCCGGCUCCGACCUCUCAUGGUACUACAACUACAAGUACGAGCCCUCCGACGCCUUCGCAUCCGACGAAUCCAUGGUCUUCGUGCCCAUGCUCUGGGGCGCCUCCGACUCCGACACCGGCACACCCUUCCUCGACUCCGUAAAGUCCCAGCUCGCAGCAGGCGCCAAAAUCCCAUACGUACUCGGCUUCAACGAACCAGACGGCACGCACGCAACAGGCGGGUCUAGCCUCGCCACUGAUCUAGCGGCCUCGACGUGGAAAGCGCAGAUCGAGCCGUUGAAAGAGCUGGGUAUCAAGCUUGGUGCGCCCGCCGUGACAGGCAGCCCCGACGGCUUCACGUGGCUGGAGAAUUGGCUCAAAGAUUGCGAUGGCGGCUGCAAUCCGGACUUCAUUCCUGUGCAUUGGUAUGGGAAUUUCGAGGGGUUGGCGGCCCAUAUUGGGCAGGUGGUGGGUGCGUAUCCGAAUUUGACGGUUUGGGUUACCGAGUGGGGGUAUCCGAAUGAGAAUCUGGAGGAUACGCAGAGCUUUUUUAAUCAGAGCGUUGCGAUGAUGGAUCGGUGGGAGAAUAUCACGCACUACUCGUACUUUGGCGCUUUCCGAUCAGACGUCUCGAAUGUUGGACCGAAUUCCGCGAUGCUGACCGAGAAAGGAGAGCUGACGGAUAUUGGGAGUUGGUAUCUAGGCGGUGCGGCGACGAAUAAUAUUCCGCAUUCGGGGGCGGCGAGUAGCGUCUCUACGAGCUUCGCGUCGUGGAGUCUGGGUAUACUGGCGAGUUGUGCUUUUGUGCUGUUUUAGAGAAUCUUGAGGGGUGGGAAUCGGGUUUUGCAAGGG